AUGAGCCAGUACCGGCAAGAACAUGGGACAACAGCCGCACCCACUGUGCUGGGGACAGAGCGUGACCCUGGAGACAUCCACAAGCUCUCCAGGGAGGUGUCCCUCCUCCACCAAGCAGCAUCCCAGCCACAGGCACCACCCUCAGGUGCUGGUCCCUGUGGCACCGACUAUUCUGCAUCUCUGGGCAUCUUCUGCACCUGUGGGCUGCGGCCCUGCGGGGCAGCUGUGGGGGACCCGACUCUGGCCUCACCCCAUAUGGGUGAUGUGGAAACAGCAGCGGUGCUCACCCUGAGGGCUGUCGUCCACGUACAGGACUCACCCUGCCGCGUGUGUCAGCCCGCGGAGUUGUGUCGGGUGCCUGACCUUACCCUGCCUGACGAGCUGAGCUUCAGGAUGGUCAGUGGAUUCCCAGCCAGCGCACUGCCCUGGAGGCCAGAAGGUGCAGCAGUGUGGGCUGUCCUGGAGAUGCUGGAGAGCUCCGCCCUCCCUGCCACGGUGACCCCACCACCCAGUCCCGUGAUAGAGAGCCGUGGAGUCGCAGACAGCACGCCGAGAUUCUCCUCACUUCCGCCCUACCUGCCCGUGAGCUUCAGCGUGCAGGGCGCGGACAGUGCCUUCUUCCUGCAGGAAACUCAGCCGCAGGACGCACUGCGCAACGCCAGCCUGCGUGCCAGGAUCGCGUCCUUCUUCGCCUACAAGGCCCAGCAGCCCCCGGUGCUGAACGCCAGCUACGGGCCUUUCUGGGCAGGAAAGGCGGUGCCCCCCGAACUGGUGCGGACCUCCAGCGCCUUUGGCCCGAGCAGCAGGUCUGCUUUUGACUGGAAGCUGAAGGCCACCAUCCUGCGCGACAAGAUCUACCCGAGCCGCCCCAAGCAGCUCCGUGAGCUGCGUCUGGACGCCGACCUGGCUGUCUGGCUGCCCGCGCGGCCGGCCAAGCAGGGCGCCGUGGUCACCGCCUACGUCACGGUCUCCGGCAACUCCACCGUGGACGCCUUCGUGCUGAGAGCCAAGGUGAAGAAGGGGGUGAGCAUCCUCAGUGCACAGACCAGUGAGCCGCAGCAGUGGGAUGUGAAGCAGGAGGUGUGGAAUGGCGGGAAGCACGCCACAGCCACGGUGGCCUGCCAGCGCCUGGGCGCACACAACAGCAGCGGCAGCCUGUUCGGCGAGGUGGUGCAGAUGAACUUUGAGAUCGCCAGCUUCAGCAGCCUGUCGGGGACGCAGCCCAUCACGUGGCAGGUGGAGUACCCGAGGAGGGGCACCUCCAGCGCUGCCGUGUCUGAGGUCUUCGUCAGCCAGCAGGACCUGGUGGGCAUUGUGCCCCUCGCUGUGGACACCGAGAUCCUGAACACGGCCAUCCUCACGGGCAAGACAGUGGCCAUGCCGGUGAGGGUGGUGUCGGUGGAGGAGCAUGGAGCGGUGACAGACGUCUCGGAGCAGGUGGAAUGCGUGUCCACAGAUGAGGAUGUCAUCAAGGUCUCUGGCCACUGCGACUACAUCUUCGUCAACGGCAGGGAAGUGAAGGGAAAGACAGACGUGGCGGUGAACUUUGUGUUCCGGCACCUGAGCGCCCCGCUGCAGGUCACCGUGUGGGCACCGCGGCUGCCCCUGCACAUCGACGUCUCAGACACGGAGCUCAGCCAGAUCAAGGGCUGGCGCGUCCCUCUGGCAGCCAGCGGGAGGCCCACGCACGACAGCGAGGACGAGGAGGAGCGCUGGCGGUUCGACGUCAGUGCCCUGGUGGCCGACUUCGUGAAGCUGGAGGUGCCGCGCGUGGCCUCGCUGCAGGAGUAUGGCGUGCUGGCCGGCCGGGAGGUCGGUAUGACAACUGUGCAGGUGCUCUCCCCGCUGUCCGACUCCAUCCUGGCAGAGAAGACGGUCACCGUGCUGGACGACAAGGUUUCUGUCACAGAGCUGGCCAUCCAGCUGGUGGCCGGGCUGUCGGUCUCCCUGUACCCCUACACAGAGCACAGCCGGGCCAUCACCGCCGUGGCCACUGCUGAGGAGCUGCUGCGUACCCCCAAACAGGAAGCUGUGGUCAGCACCUGGCUGCAGUUCAGUGAUGGCUCGGUGACGCCCCUGGACAUCUACGACAGCAAGGACUUCUCCCUCGCCGCCAGCUCCCUGGACGAGGCUGUUGUGUCCGUGUCCCAGCCGCACUCUCCGCACUGGCCCAUCGUGGUGGCUGAGGGGACCGGCCAGGGCCCGCUGGUCCGCGUGGACAUGAGCAUCGCCGAGUCCUGCCAGAAAUCCAAGCGCAGAAGUGUGCUGGCUGUGGGCUUUGGUAAUGUCAGGGUCAAGUUCGGACAGAGCAAUGUGGAUGCCGGGACGGGGGCCACUGAGGAGGAGGAGGAGCAGGCAGGGGCAGAGAGCGAGAACCGCAGCAGCGACCGCAGGCAGAAGGGCCUGGAGGGGCCGCCACAGAGUGGCUCUGCUGGGGAACUCAAGGAAGGGGCUCUGUGGAGGGCCGGCUCCAGGGCCAAGGCACAGCCGGAGGGUAAGGCGGUGCAAAACAGCCACCCAUCAGGGGAUGAGCUGCCACACACCAUCCCGCUGGACUUCUCCAACUUCCCAGGGCACCUGGGCCUCCCAGGGGCUGGGGCUGGGCUGCAGGGUGGCGGCCUAGUACCCACAGCACGAGGCCUGAGUGACCUGGAGAUCGGCAUGUACGCGCUGCUGGGCGUCUUCUGCCUGGCCAUCCUUGUCUUCCUCAUCAACUGUGCCACUUUUGCCCUAAAGUUCCGGCGCAAGCAGGUGCCGCUCGAGGGCCAGGCCUCUGUAACGCACUUGCACGACUGGGUGUGGCUGGGCAAUGAGGCUGAGCUGCUGGAGAGCAUGGGGAACCCCACAUCGCCCCCCGAGGAGCACACCACAGCCAUAGACCACGGCCCGGGGCACUGCAGGGAGAGCGAGCUGCUGCUCGUGGGCAGGGCCGGUGCCCAGCAGCAGGUGCCCGGCCAGGUGCACUGGGCUGUAGGUGGCGGGGCCCAGCAGGAGCCGCACCCACUGGCCUCCCAGAGGAAGAGGGUCCAGUUCGCCACCUUCCCGGCCAUCCCAGUCCCGCCGGUGGGCGGCUCUGCCGUGGCCACCUCCAUUCUGGGGGUGCACUAAGGUGGUGUGUCCCCCAAGAGCUCAGACUCUCUGGAAAGGUGCCCAGAGCCUUGAGAACCCUCAGCGGGUCCAGGGCAGAGGCCAGGGCGGGGCCACAGCUGUGGAUGCCGGCAUGGCACCUUCAUAGGACACUUUGCAAAGCAGCAUCCUUGGAUAUCGGGUGCGGACAGAGAUGGGGUGCAGAGACGCUGUGCCCCACACAGCAAAUUAGGAGGGGCAUUUUACGAAUCAACCUGUCAUACAGCUACCAAAAAUUAUUUGUUAAAAAACACAAAAAAAGACGAAUAAAAAGAGA